AGAGAGUUUGCGCCGGGGUGCGGGUGUUGUGUUGGGUUGUGUUGUGUUGUGCUUGCUCGACUCGAUCGCGACAUGUCAGAGGUGGCCAAAGAAGCAUGGGGGAAGUACCUGGGGCAGCUCCAGACCCACCCUCUCCGGACCAAGGCGAUCACUGCCGGGGUUUUGGCUGGCCUUAGCGAUACGAUUGCGCAGAAGAUUUCCGGGAUCAAGAAACUUCAGAUCAGGAGAUUGCUGCUUAUCAUGCUUUAUGGGUUUGCAUACGGAGGGCCAUUUGGACAUUUUCUCCAUAAAUUGAUGGACAUCAUCUUCAAGGGGAAGAAAGGCAACAGAACCGUCGCCAUGAAAGUGUUGUUGGAGCAACUGACAAGUUCUCCAUGGAAUAACAUGUUCUUCAUGAUGUACUAUGGCUUGGUGGUCGAAGGAAGACCAUGGAGUUUAGUCAAGGACAAAGUCCGAAAGGACUAUCCUUCGGUGCAAUUGACUGCAUGGAGGUUUUGGCCCAUAGUUGGGUGGGUGAAUUACCAGUACAUGCCUGUCCAGUUUCGUGUUUUGUUCCACAGCUUUGUUGCCUCAUGCUGGGCAAUCUUUCUCAAUCUGAAGGCAAGAUCAGUUGCCAUCAAGAAGGCUUAGGGUAGGAUAACUGAUCUCUCUAUACGUUCUUGGGGAACACAUGCUCCUUGCUAUACUAACUGGUGUGUUAAGAUGAGAGAUGGUAAUUAAUGAUUUCAUGGAAACAAAGCAAAAGGGCGUGUUGGCGAAAUUCCAGCCUAACUGGCAUUAUCAUACUACUCGUUGAGUACCCUUUUCACUUUGCCACUCGCUCAAAAGUUGUAUUGCUGGGAUCAACAGAUCAUGUUUAAACUAUCGUCAGUGAGACUUCAACAAUUACGAA